CGAGCGGGAGGAGGGAGCGGCCGCGAGCCCAAUCGCUCGGCUCCCCCGCCCGGCCCCGCGCGGCGCCGCCUCCGCCAUUGCUGCGCGCGGGAGCGGCCGACGCGGAGGCUCGCGGCGCGCUCGGAGCCAGACCUGCGAGCCGGCGUGGGCGCUAGCCUCGGGUCUCCCGGAACGAUGGUGAAGUUGGGGAACAAUUUCGCGGAGAAGGGCACCAAGCAGCCGCUGCUGGAGGAUGGCUUCGACACCAUCCCCCUGAUGACGCCCCUCGAUGUCAAUCAGCUGCAGUUCCCGCCCCCGGACAAGGUGGUGGUGAAAACCAAGACCCAGUACGAGCCCGAUCGCAAGAAGGGCAAAGUGCGCCCUCCCAAGAUAGCCGAGUUCACCGUCAGCAUCACCGAGGGGGUCACCGAGAGGUUUAAGGUCUCCGUGCUGGUCCUCUUUGCCCUGGCCUUCCUCACCUGCGUCGUCUUCCUGGUCGUCUACAAGGUGUACAAAUAUGACCGUGCCUGCCCCGACGGCUUCGUCCUCAAGAACACCCAGUGCAUUCCAGAAGGCUUGGAGAGCUACUACGCGGAGCAAGACUCCAGUGCCCGGGAGAAGUUUUACACCGUCAUCAACCACUACAACCUGGCCAAGCAGAGCAUCACACGCUCCGUCUCACCCUGGAUGUCGGUUCUCUCGGAAGAGAAGCUGUCCGAGCAGGAGACCGAAGCCGCUGACAAGUCAGCUCAGUGAGACGGGCAGGUUCCUCACAAUGUGUCACUCGAAGGUAACGAAGGGACUUGGAGGGACGUUUCGUUAAAUAUAAUUACCGAUAAUUUAGAGGUUACUCAUUUAUGGUGCAACCGCUUCUGUUUGCUAAUGCUGCUUUGCCAAUAAGACUUGCUGCCGACCGCUCAUGGGCAUAAGAUCAA